AUGAGCCGCGGCCGCUUCUCCGGCUCCAGGCGCCUGGACGGGACUAGCGACGCCGCGUCGGGCGCCACGUCGCCGGUGCGCGAGGUACGGUCCCAGCUGCGGCCGCGCGUCCCGGGGGCCUCUCAGCCGCGGGAGCGGGCCCGGGGCCAGAUCGCCCCCGGAGGGGCAGAGGCGCCCCUCGUGCACCCCUUUCCUCCUGAAUGCGAAACUUACCAUCAUCUUCUGGAAGUCCCGGUCACUCGGGAGCAAUUAAACCACUAUCGGAAUGCGGCUGAAAAUGCUCGAAGUGAACUUGCAGCAACUUUGGUCAAAUUUGAAUGUGCUCAGUCUGAGCUUCGGGACCUCCGAUCCAAGAUGCUUUCUAAAGAAGUCUCCUGUCAAGAGUUGAAAGCCGAAAUGGAGAGCUACAAAGAAAAUAGUGCCAGAAAAUCAUCUCUCCUCACCUCUUUGAGAGACAGAGUUCAGGAGUUAGAAGAAGAGUCAGCAGCACUUUCCACUUCUAAAAUCAGAACAGAAAUCACAGCUCACACUGCACUCAAGGAGAACCAGGAAUUAAAGAAGAAAGUUGUAGAACUUGAUGAGAAAUUACAAAAGUGUUCAAAAGAAAAUGAGGAGAAUAAGAAACAAAUCUCAAAGAAUUGCAGGAAACAUGAGGAAUUUCUAACUCAACUUCAUGACUGCUUGGAUCCAGAAAAGAAGAAUGAAAAGGCGUCAGAGGAAGAUUUAAUUUUCAAGGACUUGCUCAGUGCUGUAGAAGCAAAAGAAGCUCUUGAAAAGGAAGUUAAGAUCUUCCAAGAAAGGCUGCUUGCUGGCCAGCGGGUCUGGGAUGCCUCCAAGCAGGAGCUGAGCCUGCUGAAGAAUAGCUCUGAAGAAUUGGAGAAGAGUUCGAAGGCCAAUCUGGAUGCAGCCACAGUCUCGCGAAGCCAGUACUCCUCAUUCAGGGAGAAGAUCGCAGCCCUCCUCAGGGACAGAUUGGGCAUGACUGGGUCCACAGAGGAUGCCAUUUUGGAGAGGAUUCGAGAAAUGGGCAGCCAGGAAGAAAGCAGGGACAGGAUGGUCUCUCAGCUUGAAGCCCAAAUAUCCGAGCUUGUGGAACAGUUGGAAAAGGAGUCUGCUUUUCACCAGAAAGCUCUCCAGAGGGCCCAGAAAGCAGAGAACAAGUUGGAGACUCUUCAGGGUCAGCUGACACACCUAGAGGGAGAGCUGGUUUCUAGAGAUGUUUUGCGAGACGACUUGAAUCUUGAGAAACAAAAAUAUCUUGCAUUUCUGGAUCGGCUUUCAGAGAAAAUGAAAUUGGACCAGAUGGCUGCUGAACUUGGUUUUGACAUGCGUCUGGAUGUGGUUUUAGCUCGCACAGAGCAGCUGGUCCGUCUCGAGAGCAAUGCAGUCAUUGAAAGCAAGACCAUUGCCUACAAUUUGCAGAGAAAGCUAAAGACUCAGAAGGAAAGACUGGAGAGCAAAGAACUGCACAUGAACCUCCUCCGAAAGAAAAUAGUCCAGCUGGAGGAGGAGAAGCAGGUGCGCACAGCCUUGGCCGUGGAGAGGGAUGAGGCACAUCUCACCACCAGGAAGUUACAGAAGAAGGUGGAGAGGCUGCAGCGGGAGCUGAGCCAAUGUCAAGAAUCAAACACUGAGCUCAAAGCCAAGCUGGCUGACACCAGUGAGCUUAAGAUUAAAACUUUGGAACAGACCAAAGCCAUUGAAGACCUAAGUAAAUCCAGAGACAAGCUGGAGAAAAUGAAGGAGAAGGCUGAGAAAAAGCUAAAAUCUGUCAAGUUAGAAUUGGAUACUACAGAACAUGAGGCGAAAGAGGAUAAAGAAAGGGCCCGAAACAUGAUAGAGGUGGUAACCAGUGAAAUGAAGACACUAAAGAAAUUUCUGGAAGAAGCAGAAAAGAGAGAAAAGCGGCUGGUGGACUUCAGGGAGGUCGUGUCCCAGAUGCUAGGCCUGAAUGUGACCAAUCUUGCUCUUCCUGACUAUGAAAUCAUCAAGUGUCUUGAAAAACUGAUCCAUUCACAUCAGCAUCACUUUGUCACCUGUGCCUGCUGCAAAGAUAUGACUCCUGGGCAAGACAAGUACCCACAAGGCCACUUACAACUUCUUCAUUGAACCCCGCAUCUCUUGAGGGAGGUGGCACUAAGAGAUGGGACACAAUUCCCAAUUUCAUGAGUUCCCCAUGUGUCUGAAAUUUGAUCAGCGUGUGAAUAUUGUAUACUUUGAUGAUAUAGCGAAAAUGCAUCAUUGGCAAAAAAGGAUCUCAAAAGUGCUAGGCUUGGAUAAAUACUAAAAACACCUAUUAUUUCAUUUACUAGC